AUGGAUCCGUUUUCCCGCUGCAGCCGCGCGCGCCCGGCGCCGUUGCUGCGCGCGGCGGUGGUGCUGCAGGCGGCGGUGGCGCUCAUCGGCGCGCUUAUGGUCUUCCCCGUGCUCUCCGACGCCGCGUCCGUCGUCGAUGUCUACAGAAUGAUCCAGUACGAUUUGGGCGGCGCGCCGUUCGGGUCGCGCAAGGCGUCGUUCAGCCUGUACGCGUCGUCGGGGCUGUCCACGUCAGCAGCGUCGGAGGCGGAUCUGAUGCGCGCCGUGAUCGUGAUGCCGAUCCAACGGAUCAACUUCACCCUCCUCGAUGAGGUGGUGGCGGGAUCCCGCAAGGUGGGAGGGCUGCUCUUCAUCCUGCCACGUCACUUCAGCUCCUCGCUGCCAGAUGGCGGUCAGGGAGAGGAGGACGAUGCGGACGAUGACGCCAGCAAGGCCGGGGCAGGAGAGGGCGCGGGGGAGGUGAAGGAGCACGUGGAGGUGGUGGCGCGGCUAGAGGAGCGGCUGCUGGACGCCAACAUACCGGUGCCUGUGUAUUUCGCUGUUGACAAUGCUGAGCUGUCAAAGCUGGCGGCUGACGUGGAGAGCAACGACAGGGCGGGCAAGCCAGCAUCGGCCACCAAUGGCGGCUUCAAGCUGGUGGUAACAGCAGGCGAGCCCCGCAAGCUGCCGGCCUCCUCGCCCCUGCCGGCAUUGGAGGCAUGGCUGUACGGCGACGGGCAGGGGCAGGGGCAGGCGCAGGGCGGGAGGAGGGAGGCGCUGCCCAUAGUGGCGGUGGUGGCGCCGCUUGACACCUUCGGCCUCGUGCCUUCGCUCGCAUCCGGCCCGGCCAGCAGUGCCAGCGGGGUGGCGGCGGUGCUGCAGGUGCUGCGCCUCUUCUCGCGCCUGUUCGCGCUGCUGCCCUCUGCGCGUCCGCCCUUCCACCUGCUCUUCCUGCUCUCCUCCGGGGGACCCUUCAACUUCGACGGCACUCGCCAGUGGCUAGCCUCGUUGGACCAGAGUGUGCAGGACCGCCUCGAGUUCGCCAUCUGUCUGCGCGCCAUUGGUGCAGCGCCAGGGGCAGCGGAGGGGGGCAGUGGGUUGCACCUGCAUGCGUCGCGGCCUCUCAAGGACCCCACCAUCAGUGCACUCUUCCAUGGCCUGUCCUCCGCUGCAGCAGCCGCGGACCCACGGACCUCCAUCGCCCUGGUGCACAAGAAGGUGAACAUCUCGGACGCGCGUGUGCCGUGGCAGCACGAGCUCUUCUCGCGCCGCAAGCUCGUUGCCGCAUCGCUCUCCUCCCUGCCCUCCGCGCCGCCCUUCCUGCGCCACUGGGGGGGGCUGGCUGACACCAGGGAGUCAGUGGGCGAGCACCAGUUGCUGGCUGCCACGCGCCUCAUUGCUGAAACCAUUGCGAGCCACAUUUUCAACAGCAGCAGCACCAGCACAGCCCCAUCUGAGGGAGCGGCGGCAGCCCCUCCCCCCAUCGCCUUCUUCCCACCCAACUCAUCGCUCGCCCCCAGCCUCCCCUACCUCUCUCACUGGCUCUCCCUCCUCUCCCGCGCGCCACGUGUCGCCCCGCUAUUGGCCAAGGACGACCCAAUAAUUGCCGCCAUCCAAGCAGAGCUGGCGUUGCAUGCGGACAAGGUGGAGGUGAGGAAAGCAGCUCUGGACCCGCACUACACACUCUACUCCACGCCGCAUGCUCAGAUGCACAUUUACCAGGUGGCCAGCAUCACCUUCGAUUUAGUCACAUUCCUUGCAGUGGCCAUCUACCUCUCCUCGCUCUUCGUCAUCCUCCAUACAGCCACCAAGGGCUUUGACGACCUGGUGGCGCUCUUCAAGGGCAAGCCCGCCUACCGCAAGGCAAAGCCUUCGCUCAAGUGCACGCCAUUUGAGCCGCAUGUGACGGUGAUAGGAGCGUUUGGGGCGAGGGAGGGGUUGGACGAGCAGGAGGUGGUGAAGCGCAUGGAGCGAUUGAGUGCGUCCUUAAAGCCAUACGACAUCCAAGUCAUGGAGCUGGCUGCUGGUCGGCUCUUCUUCCAAUGCGUGUACAUCAAGAUGCUGCCUUCAAAAGAGGUGCUCCAUGUGCACAACGAGGCAGUGGAAGUGAUGGGCAUGGACAGGAAUUCCGUUGCUGCAUACAUGCCUCAUCUCAGCCUCAUUUAUGGUGAUCUCUCAGACGCCCAGAAGCAGGACGCCAAAGCAGCGGUUGAAGAGACAUUUUCAUCCCUGCUCCCUCCCAAGUCCGCAUCGCUACCAUCUCCUUCCUUCCAUGUGCAGUGCCGUGGCGUGCUCUCGUCGUCCACAGUCACAACCGCCUCCAGGAAGGUUCCCGAAGUCUCCCUUCAAUUUCGGCAGAGCACCAUGAGCGUGGUCGGCUUCGAUGUGGGGAACGAGAGGGGCGUGGUAGGCAUUGCGCGACAACGCGGAAUCGACAUCGCGCUUAACGAGGAGUCCAACCGCGAGACCCCCAAUGUCGUCUGCUUCGGCGAAUCGCAGCGAUAUCUGGGCGUCGCAGGAGCGGCGUCGUACACGAUGAACCCUAAGAACACGGUGUCGCAGAUCAAGCGCAUGAUCGGGCGGAAAUUCGCAGAUCCCGAGUUCCAGAAGGACCUCCCGAUGUUCCCGUUCCGCUGCUCAGAAGGCCCCGACGGCGAUAUUCUCGUGCACGUCAUGUACAUGAACGAGCCCAGGACGUUCACGCCCACCCAACUUCUUGCGAUGGUUCUGAAUGGAUUAAAAGCGAUCGGCGAGAAGGACCUGGGGUCGAAGAUCACGGAUUGCGUGAUCGGUAUCCCCGUAUACCUCACCGACGCGCAGCGCCGCGCGUAUCUGGAUGCUGCCACCAUCGCGGGGCUGCACCCGCUUCGGCUAAUGCACGAGCCGACGGCCACCGCGCUGGCGUACGGAAUUUACAAGACGGAUCUGUCGGAAACCGAGCCACUCAAUAUCGCGUUCGUGGACAUCGGGCACUCGACGAUGCAGGUGUCGAUCGUGGCGUUCAAGAAGGGCCAGCUGAAGGUGCUGGCGCACGCGUUCGACCGGUCGCUUGGCGGGCGCGACUUCGACGAGGUGCUCUUCAACCACUUCGUCGACGAGUGCGCGCGCAACCACAAGCUCGACAUCCGCUCCAACGCGCCGCGCGUGCCUCCGCCUGCGCACCGCGUGCGAGAAGCUCAAGAAAGUCCUCAGCGCCAACCCGAGUCGCCGCUGCACGUGAGUCGCACGACACUGGCCUCCCUCCGCGACCAGUUCGAGCAGAUGGCCAAGCCCAUCCUCGAGCGCGUCAAGGCGCCUUGCGCGCGCGCGCUGCUCGAGUCGGGCAUCACCGUCGAUCAGAUCUCAGCCGUCGAGCUGGUGGGGUCCGGGUCGCGCGUGCCGGCCAUCAUGAAGAUUCUCGCGGAGUUUUUCGGCAAGGAGCCGCGCCGCACGAUGAACGCUAGCGAGUGCGUCGCGCGCGGGUGCGCGCUGCAGUGCGCCAUGCUCAGCCCCGCCUUUAAAGUCCGCGAGUUCGAGGUGCACGACACGUACCCGUUCGCCAUCGCACUCUCCGUGGAAGCAAGCGGAGCGCGGCGACGUCCGCGGAGGGCGCCUGAGGGCGGCGGAGAGGAGGCGGCGGCGCAGCCGAACCAGGUGGUGUUCUCGAAGAACAACCCGCUGCCGAGCUCGAAGCUGCUGACGUUCUACCGCACGGAGGCCUUCACCAUCGACGCCUUCUACGCCAACCCCGAGGACCAGACCGUUGGCGCCAACACGCGCAUCGGCACCUUCACUGUAGGUCCGUUCGCACCGUCGCGGCCGGAUUCGAAGCCGAAGCUUAAGGUGAAGAUCCGACUCAACCUGCACGGCAUCCUGUCCGUCGAAUCCGCCACGCUGCUGGAGGAGAGGAGGGUGGAGGUGCCGGCCAAGAAGGCCGCCAAGGACGCCGCUGCUGCCCCCCGCAGCCGCCGAUGCAGCUGGGGGCGCCCAUGGAGGCCGAUGCUGCUGCUGCUUGCAGCUGGUGGCGCGGAGGGCGAUGCCAAGGAUGGAUGA